UAUCAAAAUGGCGUUGCUCAUAUGGGGAGGUUGGAGUUAGUUUAUAUUCUUCAGUGGCAUUUUACUAAUAAAUUGGACAACAAACUAUCUGAUAUCCACGGACAGCAUGGCGAGUCUCGAUCAGAAAUCACCCAAUGUUCUUCUGCAGAGCCUCUGCUGCAGGAUCACGGGGAAAAGCGAAGCUGAAGUUGCCCACCAGUUCCAGUAUGCGGUCCGGGUCAUUGGCAGUAACUAUGCCCCGACUAUUGAGCGAGACGAGUUCCUGGUGUCUGAGAAGAUCAAGAAAGAAUUGCUGAAGCAGAGGAGAGAAGCAGAUGCUGCUCUGUUCUCAGAGCUGCACAGAAAACUCCAGACUCAGGGUGUUCUGAAGCAUCGCUGGUCUGUUCUCUACCUGCUGCUAAGCCUCUCUGAAGACCCCCGCAAACCAUCCAGCAGGCUGGGAAACUAUGGUGCCCUGUUUGCCCAAGCCCUUCCCAGGGAUGCCCACUCCACUCCUUUCUACUGCACCCGACCUCAGAGCCUGGCCCUGGGCUACGGCGAGAGGAGCGCCGGCCUGUCGGGAAGCGUUGGGACGAGUGGGAUUUCCAGUCUCGGAGUCUACACGCUAAACGGACCCACGCCGACGCCACAGUCCCUGCUGGCCGGUCAACCCCCCCAGUCUGCGGCUGCUCAGCCUCUGGGGUCCCGGCUGGCAUGGGCUCUUCCUGUAAGCUCCUCCCCCUCCUCUGCCUUGGCCCCGCCCACCACGCGCCCACCUCUGGGGCUCUCAGCGCCGCCGUCCAGAGUGCUGCGUCCUCGCCGAGACGGCGAUGCAGCCAGUGAGGUGAGCGAGGCCGCGCUGGUGCGGGACAUCCUGUACGUCUUCCAGGGAAUUGACGGGAAGUUCAUCAAGAUGAACGCCCAGGAAAAUUGUUACAAGACAGACAACAAGGUGGUGGUGUGUAAGUCCCUGAGGGACACCAGCAGCAGACUGGCUGAGCUCGGCUGGCUCCACAACAAAGUCAGGAAGUACACCGACGCCAGAAGCCUGGACCGGGCCUUCGGAUUGGUCGGACAGAGCUUCUGCGCGUCGCUCCACCAGGAGCUGAAGGAGUACUACCGGCUGCUCUCCGUGCUCCACUCUCAGUUGCAGGUAGAGGAUGAGCAGGGCGUGACCGUGUGUACGGAGAGCAGCUUGACUCUGAGGAGGCUGCUGGUCUGGAUGUACGACCCCAAAGUCCGGCUCAAGACGCUGGCCGCCCUCGUCGACUACUGCCAAGGUCGGAAGGGCGGGGAGCUGGCUUCGGCCGUUCACGCCUACGGGAAGACGGGGGAUCCUCAGAUGAGAGCGCUGGUUCAGCACAUCCUCAGCCUGGUGUCGCACCCCAUCCUCAACUUCCUGUACAGAUGGAUUUAUGACGGAGAGUUGGAGGAUACCUACCACGAGUUCUUUGUAGCAUCAGAUCCCAACGUGAAGACCGACCGUCUGUGGCACGACAAGUACUCCCUCAGGAAGUCCAUGAUCCCGUCCUUCAUCACCAUGGACCAGGCUCGCAAGGUUCUACUGAUCGGCAAGUCCAUUAACUUCCUGCAUCAGGUUUGUCACGACAGAACGCCACCGGGCAAAAUCACACCGGCGUCCAAACCUGCAGACGCUCCUAAAGAUGCUGCUGAGCUGCUGUCCGACCUGGAAGGAGCGUUUCAGGAGAAAAUCGACGCGGCUUACUUCGACACCAGCAAAUACCUGCUGGACGUUCUCAACCGCAACUACCUGUUGCUGGAGCACCUGCAGGCCAUGAGGAGAUACCUGCUGCUGGGCCAGGGAGACUUCAUCAGACACCUCAUGGACCUGCUAAAGCCUGAGUUGGUCCGUCCUGCUACCACUUUAUACCAACACAACCUGACCGGUAUCUUGGAGACGGCGGUCAGAGCCACCAACGCCCAGUAUGACAACGCAGAGAUCCUGAAGAGGCUGGAUGUGCGGCUGCUGGAGGUGUCACCCGGGGAUACAGGCUGGGAUGUUUUUAGCCUCGAUUACCACGUCGAUGGACCCAUUGCAACGGUAUUUACGAGGGAGUGUAUGGGCCACUACCUGCGUGUGUUUAAUUUCCUGUGGAGGGCAAAGCGGAUGGAGUACACGCUGACGGACAUCUGGAAGGGACAGAUGUGCAACGCCAAGCUGCUCAAAACCAUGCCUGAGCUGUCGGGGGUGCUGCAUCAGUGUCACAUCCUGGCCUCCGAGAUGGUCCACUUCAUCCACCAAAUGCAGUACUACAUCACCUUUGAGGUGCUGGAGUGCUCGUGGGAUGAGCUGUGGAACAAAGUUCAACAGGCUCAGGAUCUGGACCACAUAAUCGCUGCACACGACGUCUUCCUGGACAGCGUCAUCUCCAGAUGUCUGCUGGACAACAACAGCAGGUCUCUUCUGAACCAGUUACGGGCCAUAUUUGACCAGAUCAUCGAGUUCCAGAGCGCGCAGGACUCGCUGUACCGCUCGGCUCUGGAGGAGCUUGCUCUCCGGCUGCAGUACGAGGAGAGGAAGCAGCAGAAGGCGGAGGAGGGUCAGUGGGGAGUGACGGCCGAGCAGGAGGCCGAGGAGAAGCGGAGAGUCCAAGAGUUUCAGGACACCAUACCAAAGAUGCGGUCCCAGCUCCGAAUACUCACCCACUUCUACCAGAGCAUAGUCCAGCAGUUCCUGGUGCUGCUGAUGACCAGUCCAGACGAAAGCUUGCGCUUCCUCAGUUUCAGACUGGACUUCAACGAGCACUACAGAGCCCGAGAGCCAAGACUGCGCGCCUCUCUCGGCACCACCAGAGGGCGACGGCCGUCGAACAUGUGACAUAACGACGACGACGGCGCUGACCAACGACGCGUCCGAUCAGAGCACGGGGUGUGACCUCACACAGACGGGCCGAGCGGGAGAUGAUGUCAUGCCUUGGAGGAGCGAGAGAGCGAGAGAGCGAGCCGGCACCGCUCUGGUGUCGCAGCAACGGCAGUCGCCAAGUGGUGACAUCACAAAAGAGGGGGAAGAAAGAAAAAGAAAAAAAAAGGUCCAAGACUUUCAAAGCUUUGCAGACUAAGCAAACCCUGAAAUGGGCGAAGAGUUGUGGGGACGCGUGAGUGUGGGGCGCCAUCAGACGCCACUGUCGGGCUGAGCUCUCCGAGUCACACAGGGCCACCGUACUUGGCAUGCCUUAUUAAUGAAAAGUAAAGAACUUUGUUGUGUCAGAGUGGUUGCCAAAUACUCCCAAAACAUAAAAUGUUUGUACAUAGAAUUUAUGCAAAAAUGUGUGUAAGUGCCCCGCUACACAUCCGCCCCCCUUGAGGAUUUCCACCGUCUCACUAGGGUUUGACUGAUAUUCUUUUGAAUUCUGUUUUUGCAGACAUUAUUUAAAGGAUCAGUCUUAUUAUCUUAGUUCUAAAUCUGAACGGCGAGUAUUAGCGAACACCUAUAUAUCAGUCUAACCCCGGAUCUCCGCUCAUUCCUGCUGAAUAUUCAGGGUGUUCUUAGUUUCAGGUCCACUUGAUCACAAUCAUACAAGAGGUUUUACACGACACGAAGGCUCAGACGGAACUAGAUCACAAAAAAGCCAGCUUUCAAGGUCACUUAGUUUGUAUUUUAUCCUAGUUUUCCUUCCUUCCCCAGUUAGGUUACUUGUCUUAACGCGAGGCAGAUCAUGUAAACAAUCGCCACAACCAUAACAACCUCACUUUUCGUCACUGCAUAAACCACAGGACCUGCAAGUGCUCAGAUGUUCGAAGUGUAAAUAUUUCUACAGGAAAAAAGUCCAUGUUUAAAUGAUUAUUUGUCACAAAUGUUUACAUGGGCCGUUUAUUUUCUGAAGCGAGACUAUUCUGACCGUAUGGAGAAGAAAAGUGUAUUUAGGCGAGCUUUGCUACAUGUGUAUGUAAGAUGAAAGUAUUUAAGAUGACUGUGUUCAGGCUCGUGGUAUUUCAGGAUGGAAAUAUAGCAUUUAUUCAUUUUAAAAGCUCAGACAGAAAGGUCUUCCUGUUCUGCUCCGUGUGAGAUCAUUAGAGCCCUUUUGAAUGUAGUCGCAACUCUUUGCUGUACUAUGAAUUCAAGCAUCAAGCAGCAGCUAAACAUUUAAUAUAUAUAAUUGUGGGGAAAUUGAUGCUUUCUUCUUUUUUUUUAAAAGGAAUAUUUUCCCAUUGCCACAUGUAGUCCAAUCCAUCCUAUCGUUGGUGAAACUGUCGGUGCUGCAUCCGGUCCGUUGGCCGCCCAAACUGCUUUCUGACAAUGAGUUUUCAUGCGUGGAAAAACACGAACGGCUGUGAAAAACCGAGCUGAACCCGGGUCGACACCUGUGCACUGUCUCUACUCGACAUUGUAUAGCACAUGCUGUAUAGACAAAACCU